CAGCGAUUGAACCUCCAAAACAAGAUGGUCUUGUGUCCUUCGAGGAGGUGGCUGUGUAUUUCUCUGAGGAGGAAUGGUCUCAGCUGGAUGCUGACCAGAAAGCGCUGCAUUCGGAAGUCAUGCUUGAAAACCAUAGGAACGUGGUCUCUCUGGGUAAUAAUGGGCAGGAGAAAGAAGAUUCCUGUAAACUGUUCCAAGUGAUCAAUGCUAAAAACGGAAUGGAGAAGUUUGGAAUUCGAAUGCAAUUCAAAAGCCACAAGAGAAACCAUUCAAAGAAUUGGAAUGAGGAAAACUCAACUUCCAGUGAUGGGACAUUAAUUCUUUCUUUUGGAAAAAACUUCCUUACAUCUCAAAAAGUGAUUGACACAAAAGAGAAGCCUUAUAAAUGUUUGGAAUGUGGAAAAUGUUUUAGAACAAGCAGGGAACUUACUAUCCAUAAAAGGAUCCACACAGGGGAGAAACCAUAUGAAUGCACAGAGUGUGGAAAGACUUUUGCUCAUAGCAGUACACUUACUAUCCAUAAAAGGAUCCACACAGGGGAGAAACCAUAUAAAUGUAUGGAAUGUGGAAAGACAUUUGCUCAAAGAGGUAAUCUUAUUUCCCAUAUGAUGAUCCACACAGGGGAGAAGCCGUAUAAAUGCAUGGAGUGUGGAAAGAUGUUUACUGAUGGCAGUGGGCUUAGAAGCCACAAAAAGCUCCACACAGGAGAGAAAUCGUUUAAAUGCAUGGAAUGUGGAAAGGCAUUUGCUCAAAGAGGUCAUCUUAUUUCCCAUAAAAGAAGCCACACGGGGGAGAAGCCAUAUAAAUGCAUGGAGUGUGGAAAGACCUUUCCUGAAAAACGUAAUCUUACUUCCCAUAAGAUGAUCCACACAGGGGAGAAGCCAUAUAAAUGCAUAGAGUGUGGAAAAACAUUUACUCAUAGCAGUGGACUUAGAAGCCACAAAAAGAUCCACUCAGGAGAGAAACCAUUUAAAUGCAUGGAGUGUGGAAAGACCUUUGCUCAGAGCAGUAGCCUUAAAAGCCACAAAAAGCUCCAUACAGGAGAGAGACCAUUUAAAUGCAUGGAGUGUGAAAAGACCUUUGCUCAAAGAAGUAAUCUUAUUUCUCAUAAGAUGAUCCACACAGGGCAGAAACCAUUUAAAUGCAUAGAGUGUGGAAAGACCUUUGCUCAAAGAGGUCAUCUUAUUACCCAUAAGAUCAUUCACACAGGGGAGAAGCCGUAUAAAUGCAUGGUGUGUGGAAAGACAUUUACUCAGAGCAGUGGACUUGGAAGACACAAAAAGCUCCACACAGGAGAGAAGCCAUUUAAAUGCAUGGAAUGUGGAAAGACUUUUGUUCAUAGAUGUAAUCUUAUUUCCCAUAAAAGAAGCCACACAGGGGAGAAGCCAUAUAAAUGCAUGGAAUGUGGAAAGAGUUUUCCUCAGAAUGGUCUUCUCAAAAAGAUCCAUGCUCGGGAGGAACUAUAUAGCAAUAGCAAUUCCACUUGAGUUAUAUACCGGUCCACAAU